GAGACAUAUUUUGUGACCGAGAGUCAUUCGAUUGUGUUUUGUAUUGAAAAGGUACACAUUCGUGGUAUUAUGGAUGUUAUCAGAGAAAUGUGAUAGCAAUGUGCCAGAUGCUUGGCAUGAUAGUAGACAAAAACAGUAAGCACGUGCGUGCUCCCAGACAGUCGAUCUAGUAACAGAUGAGUCAAUUUAGGCAUCCGUUGCCUUGAAUAGAAGGAUAAGAAUAAAGGAAAUGCUAAAUAUAGAUCACCACAAACUAAAAAAAGGGGAAAGUCAGAUAAGAUGGAGGACGGAUAAGUAGAGUCCCUGCAACUCAAACAGGAGGUAAAAUAGACCCUACUGAUGUUUCAAAUGGAAAAUAUGAAGAGUUUUCUCUCGAGAGCUCUAUGUACAAAGAUCAGGACGAGAAAGAACGGGUCAGAAACGUAAUUAUCAGCAAUCGUAUUAUCAAGAAUAAUCAAAAUGAACAUUGCGAAAUGAAAGACAAAGAAAACUUUUAUUAGGCAAGGUGUUGGGUAACGCAAAAGGGCAUUGGACCGAACGCGCUUCGGAAUAACUACGAUCCAAUGAUUGUUACAUUCGUCUCCCAGGCGAGUAGCGAUCUGUAGAUUUAUUGGAAAACUAAUCCGCAGUAGAAAGGACCGCACCAUGGUUCUGUAGACAGCAGUCAAACGUUGGACGAGGAGAACGAAACAUGGCAGUUGCUGAGGCUAAUUCUUCGUUCAGUAAACAGGACAAUGACACAAAGUUUUCUAGAGAUUCUAUGGAAAUAUUUAAAAUUGCAUCAACUGCCACAUUUCUAUUUUUCAUUUUCAUCGCAAGUGUUGCGGGAAAUUUAUUAGUAUUUUUAGUAUUUUACAAACGCCCAGCGUUAUUAACGAUAUCGAAUCGAUUUAUACUGAAUUUGUCAAUUUGUAGUUCCCUGAACACUAUUUUUGUCAUGCCGUUCAUGUUUGGUGCUUUAAUCGCUGAGGACUGGAUAUUUGGAAGUAUUUGGUGCAAAGUCACUGGAUUUUUAAUGAACGCUAUCUUUGCAGCCAGUACAUUAACCCUUGUGGCUAUUUCACUGGACAGAUACUGUGCUGUUGUUACACCGCUUCACUAUCAAAUGAGAAUAACCAAACGGAGAUCCCUAUUGAUAAUAGCAGCUGUGUGGAUCCUUGCUGUUUUGGUUUCCCUGCCCCCACUGUUUGGAUGGAACCACUACCGUUAUCAGAAAGAUAAAGGUACAUGCACGGUAUUAUGGUCAAGCAGAAUAAAAGAUGAAAGGUAUUACACGUUUUCUCUAGUAAUGCUGACUUUCAUUCUGCCACUUUGUAUUAUCUUGUGGGCAUAUCAUGUCAUCUUCAAGGCUGCACAAAACAACAGCGAGCGGACGAGAAGGAAUAGCGUUAUCCCGAAUAACCAGGUGGACGAACCUUGCUCCACUCAAACCCCGCUUAGGUGUGAGCGGCGAAGAAGCAGCACUGCACCCAUUCUUCACCGCCGGCUUAGCACCAGUGGUGGUCGGCUAGGUGGCUCACUGUUGUGGCACCGCGAUGAGUGGAGAACAGCUCUUGCCAGUUUAUUGGUGGUGUCCACCUUCAUUGUGUGUUGGCUGCCCUAUUUUAUUAUAAUUAUCCUCGAAGCGAGUGUGCAUAAUUCACAAGAUAUUCCACCAGUUUUAGAAACGAUAUCAAUUCUUUUAGCAAUGAUGAGUUUUGCUUGUAAUCCAUUAGUGUAUGUUUUCAGAAGCAAACUAGCUAGACAAGAAGUUAAAAUUAUAAUGAAAAUUCAAAGUCGAGAAAGUAUAAAUAUGUCUUUGUCAAGAAGAGGGAGCGAAUCUGUGUUUACCAGAGAAGGCAUUGUACACCAAAGUAGCAUUGAAUCUGACAUUGUGCCAUUCGAGAAACCUCUGCACUCAUCAUCGACAUCAACAACUUUGACCUCAUUGGUACACAACCCGAAUGCCGUGUUUCAGCGGUCCUGACAAAGGCGCCCUCUGGUGUCUCAAACCUCACUUUGACAUUUGAUAAAAACCUCUUCAGUGUUGUGUAAAGGAAAGCAUUCCAUAUGAUUCUUCCAAAACACUAAAUUAUUGAUUGUUAUCAAUUUUGUUAUUUAUUUCUUUACCCAGGUUUGAUGUUGUAUUUCACGUCUUUUGAUUUAAACAUGUAAGUACUUCUAUUUGGUACGAGAAACGAUGUGGCAAGUAAUCAAAACAUCGAUGUUUUUUUGACAUGAGUAUUUAAUACCUCAGAAAAUCAGAUGACUUAUUUAUUAGUAUCUGAUGGUGUUUUAAUGUUUUUAUACUAAAAUCACUCCAUAUUUUUGUCAUUGAAAUCCAAGCUUCAUUAUUUUCUUCAUAGUUGUACAUUGUAUUUAUAAAUUACCAAACUUUAAAUGUUCAAUGUUCAUUUAUUGUAUUUUAAUAAUAAUUUUAUUAUUUUCGUUAUCUUAAAAAAUGCCGCUUUUAAAUAUCACACACAGGGAAAAAAAUGAAAUAGUGACAGAUAUCGCCAUUGCGCGAAGCAAUCUGUAAAACAUUAAAAAAAAUCCGAGCAUUGCGUUUCAUUAGAUUUCACUUCGUGUUUAUUUUUUAUCUCUCUAUUUUUUAUGCAAAAUUAAUUAAUUAUAAUCUAUUUAAUUAAUAAAUAUACUGGAAUUAUUUUUUGUCGUAUAACUUUAUGUUUAGAAGUGUUUCUUUAUAUAUCUAUGGUGAAUUUGAAUGUUGUCAAAUUGAAUUCCUAUUUUUCCAGUAAAAUAAUUUAUCGUUG